ACAGGACUUUUACUUUCUCGGUGACGUUCCCGACACCGCGGGAUGUGGCUGUGUGCGCUCUCCGUCGGUGCUGACGCUGCUGAAUGUAAAAUUAGCUGGCCGCAGCCUUUCAGGGACACCUCUUGCGGACCGCUGGAGCCCACAGCUUAAUAAAUAUGGCGGCAAAGCUGUCUACUUCCAUAAAUAUCAAGGAGCCUCGGUGGGACCAGAGCACAUUUGUAGGUCGAGCUAAACAUUUCUUCACUGUCACAGACCCCAGGAACAUCCUCCUCACCAACGAACAACUAGCACACGCACACAAAAUUAUCACAGACUACAGGCAAGGUAUAGUCUCUCCAGGGCUGACAGAAGAUGAACUGUGGAGAGCCAAAUAUGUUUUUGACUCUGCUUUCCAUCCCGACACUGGGGAGAAGAUGAUCCUGAUUGGCCGCAUGUCGGCACAAGUUCCAAUGAACAUGACAAUCACUGGCUGCAUGAUGACAUUUUACAAGACGACUCCAGCUGUGUUGUUCUGGCAGUGGAUUAAUCAGUCUUUCAAUGCAAUAGUCAAUUACACCAACAGGAGUGGUGAUGCUCCAAUUACAGUCAAUCAACUUGGCACUGCUUAUGUGUCUGCCACCACAGGGGCAGUCAUCACUGCUCUAGGACUAAACGCACUAACAAAGCACGUCUCACCUCUGAUUGGACGGUUUGUUCCGUUUGCUGCUGUAGCUGCUGCCAAUUGUAUCAACAUCCCACUGAUGAGACAAAGAGAGCUUCAACACGGUAUCCCCAUAACAGAUGAGAAGGACAUCAGGUUAGGCGAGUCAACAAAAGCUGCACAGCAAGCCAUCUCUCAGGUUGUCGUCUCCAGAAUCCUCAUGGCUGCUCCAGGAAUGGCUAUCCCUCCAUUUUUAAUGAACCAUUUGGAAAAGAAGGCCUUUCUGAAGAGGUUCCCAUGGAUGAGUGCACCUAUUCAAGUCAGCCUGGUGGGAUUCUGCCUGGUGUUUGCCACGCCACUGUGCUGUGCACUGUUCCCUCAGAAGAGCUCAAUGUCAGUCUGUCGCUUGGAGCUGGAGCUGCAGGAGAAAAUCCGGGCCAGUCAUCCAGGAGUAGAGCGGGUCUACUUCAACAAGGGUCUAUGAGUGUGCAGCCCCCUCAUCCAAACACUGCCAUGUCACAGCUGCAGGCAAGCUCCUCACCUCCCUGCCAGCCCUACUCAUUCCGUGUGCCAAAGUUAAG